ACGCCCUCUCAGAUGAAUGGGGCCGGGUCUGACUGCGAACUACAGCUCCUCUGCCGGAGACCGCGGUGGCCCCGGGGAAGAGCUGCGCUCCAGGACAGUGGCGAUGUUCUGUGCCGCGGCCGAGGAAGCAGCCCGGCUUCCUGGGGUCGCGGUAUAGGCGGGCGCUUUCUCUGCGCGCUCGCUCCCCGUUCCCUGCACCGGCCAUGCGCCCGUUCUUCGCGGUGGGCCUGGUUUUCGCAGGCUGCUGCAGUAACGUGAUCUUUUUAGAGCUUCUGGCCAGGAAACAUCCAGGAUGCGGGAACAUUGUGACUUUUGCACAAUUUUUAUUUAUCGCUGUGGAAGGCUUUCUCUUUGAAGCAGACUUGGGAAGGAAGCAGCCUGCUAUCCCAAUAAGGUACUAUGCUGUAAUGGUCACCAUGUUCUUCACUGUCAGCGUGGUAAACAACUACGCCCUGAAUCUCAACAUCGCCAUGCCCCUGCAUAUGAUAUUCAGAUCUGGUUCUCUAAUUGCCAACAUGGUUCUAGGAAUUAUCAUUUUGAAGAAAAGAUACAGUAUAUUCAAAUAUACUUCCAUCGCCCUGGUUUCUGUGGGGAUAUUUAUUUGCACUUUCAUGUCAGCAAAGCAGGUGACUUCCCAGUCCAGCUUGAGUGAGAAUGAUGGAUUCCAGGCGUUUGCAUGGUGGUUACUAGGUAUUGGAGCACUGACGUUUGCUCUCCUGAUGUCAGCAAGGAUGGGUAUUUUCCAGGAGACUCUAUACAAACAAUUUGGGAAACACUCCAAGGAGGCUUUGUUUUAUAAUCACGCCCUUCCACUCCCUGGAUUCAUCUUCUUGGCUUCGGAUAUUUAUGACCAUGCAGUUCUCUUCAAUAAGUCUGAGUUAUAUCAAGUUCCCGUUGUCGGUGUGGCCGUGCCCAUCAUGUGGUUCUACCUCCUCAUGAACAUCAUCACCCAGUACGUGUGCAUCCGGGGUGUCUUCAUCCUCACUACGGAAUGCACCUCCCUCACCGUCACACUCUUCGUGACUCUACGCAAGUUUGUGAGCCUCAUCUUCUCUAUCUUGUACUUCCAGAACCCGUUCACUCUGUGGCACUGGCUGGGCACCUUGUUUGUCUUCAUUGGGACCCUCAUGUACACAGAGGUGUGGAACAGCUUGGGAGCCACAAAAAGCCAGCCUCGGAAGGAGGACAAGAAGAACUGAGGCCAGUGUCGUACGAGCCACGGUCCGGCAGGGUCACUUUCGUUGAUGCUGAGUGAGCCCCCAGUACUGAACGAGCUGUGUGCCAGGGAAUCCUUGGAAGGCGGGGCCUGCUCAGAUCUCCCAUGGCUACACAGACCAACCUGUGUGGACUCUGCACAGAGAUCCCUUAACCCUGAAUUAGAAAAAAAAAAAGAAAAUAGUACUGUACUAAACAGCCAUUCAUUCGUUAUGUUUUGUUUACAUUUUUCAGUACUGUACUUGUUAAUGAAUCCUGAGUCCCCAGAGCUACUAGUUUUAUAGCCAUGGUCUUGGACAAGAUUAUCCCUUUUGCUGCUGUUCUGAUUACUGAUGAUUCUCUGCCAUAA